UCACAGCACUACCUGACGUGUUUCAGCGGGACCAUCGCUGUGCCCUUCCUGCUGGCGGAGGCAAUGUGUGUGGGACAAGACCAGUACAUGGUCAGUCAGCUGGUGGGAACCAUCUUCACCUGCGUGGGAAUCACCACAAUCAUACAGACCACAUUUGGAGUCAGGUUACCUCUUUUCCAGGCCAGUGCUUUUGCCUUCCUCAUCCCUGCCCAAGCCAUCUUAGGGCUGGAUAGAUGGAAAUGUCCCCCUAAAGAGGAGAUUUAUGGAAACUGGAGUCUUCCUCUGAACACCUCACACAUCUGGCACCCAAGGAUAAGAGAGAUCCAGGGUGCCAUCAUAGCYUCCAGUGUGGUGGAGGUSGUCAUCGGGCUGGUGGGUCUCCCUGGUCUCCUGCUGGACUACAUCGGGCCCCUGACCGUCACCCCCACCGUGUCCCUCAUCGGCCUGUCUGUAUUCCAGACCGCUGGGGACAGAGCCGGGUCUCACUGGGGCCUCUCAGCACUGUCCAUCUUCCUCAUCGUGCUGUUUGCUCAGUAUCUGAGGAACUGGUCCUUCCCUCUCCCCUCCUACAACAGAAAGAACGGCUUCAGCACCGCCAGGGUUCAGAUCUUUAAGAUGUUCCCGAUCCUCAUGGCCAUCAUGUUGGUGUGGUUGCUAUGUUACAUCCUGACCCUGACCGAUGUGCUGCCCAGUGACCCCAGCCAGUACGGACAGAAGGCACGCACAGACGCCCGUGGGGACAUCAUGACCCUCUCCCCCUGGUUCCGGGUCCCCUACCCCUGUAAGAGACCAUCGGGCGGUUUGCCCACGAUGACCACCGCUGGGGUUUGCUGGGCGAUGUUCAGCGCCCACACUAAGGCUGGCAUCGGUAGGAAUCUAUCGCGGCACUAUUACGCCUGUGCCCGCCUCUCAGGGGCACCCCCCUCCCACCGUCCUUCUAUACCUGUCCAUGCCAUCAACAGGGGUAUCUUCACAGAGGGGGUGUGCUGUAUUAUAGCAGGACUGCUGGGUACAGGAAAUGGCUCCACCUCUUCCAGUCCCAACAUUGGAGUUCUGGGAAUCACUAAGGUGGGAAGCAGGAGGGUAGUACAAUACGGUGCAGCCAUAAUGUUCCUGUUAGGAACUGUAGGGAAAUUCACUGCGCUCUUCGCAUCGCUGCCUGACCCCAUUCUAGGUGGUAUGUUCUGCACCUUGUUCGGUAUGAUCACGGCUGUGGGCUUGUCCAACCUGCAGAGUGUAGACCUCAACUCCUCUAGGAAUCUUUUUGUCCUCGGCUUCUCCAUGUUCUUUGGCCUAAUGUUGCCCAAUUACCUAGACAUGCAUCCUGGCUGCAUCCAAACAGGAGCUGCAGAGGUGGAUCAAAUCCUUACAGUGCUCCUGACCACGGAGAUGUUUGUCGGAGGCUUCCUGGCGUUUGCUCUGGAUAACACCAUCCCAGGCACCAGGAGGGAGAGAGGGCUGCUGGACUGGAAGGCAGAUGAGAGCAGGGGGGGAAGCUCAGCGAACAUGCGUACUUAUGACUUCCCUAUUGGAAUGAGCUGCGUUAGGAAAGUCAGCUUCCUGCGCUAUCUACCCAUCUGCCCCAGCUUCCAAGGCUUCAUGCGAUGCAGACGGAAGGACAGCGUGCAGGAAAACAUGGAGGAUGAAUUAAGAGAGAGGAAUGAGAGUUUACGCAUGGACACAACAAUUACCUUGGCCUGUACCAAAGUAUAGUAACCCUGCAAUGAUUCAUCUUUAAGAUCAUUUUAUACUGAGCUGAAUUUUUUACAGCUAUUUAUUGUUUUUGGACACUUACAGUUGUAAUCGAAAAAUGUCUGCAAUGAUGUUGCAUUUUUGAAACUGGAAUGUUAUUGACCAGAGCACAUUCCUCACCACAUUGAUUUGGGAGGUUCGUCUACUGUCCCCAUUUUUCUACUCACCACUACCACCUUACAGCAUUCUGUUUCUAAGUUGAAGAACAAAGAGUCAUAUAUUCAGAUGCAUACUGACCUUAUACUUGUAUGUAGACUGUAGACUGUAUUGAAGAAGCAGAGCCAACAGUAACAGUGUUUAUUUAGUAAGUCUUUAUCGUGUACAAAAUGAUAAGUAAUGAUAGUGUAUCUCUUCUGAUGAUCUGAACUCAAACACAUGUGAGGUUAUGCAAAAACCUUUAUGAUAUAAAACUAAAGUAUAAUUAAGGAAA